UCUUUAGUGUCACGCUGGAAAAGAAGUAAAACUGAACAAAAAAGCUAUGAGUGGAGUUCCUCUGUAAAAGAAGAAGUAAUUCUUGAGAUUAUGGAUCGGAGCAAGCGGAACUCAAUUGCAGGAUUUCCCCCACGUGUGGAGCGUCUGGAAGAGUUUGAAGGAGGUGGUGGAGGGGAUGGGAACACUAUCCAAGUGGGAAGAGUUUCGUCAUCUUCAUAUCGUGCAAUUAUUAGUGCCUUUUCCAGACUGACGAGUUUGGAUGACUUCACCCGUGAAAAAAUAGGAUCUGGGUUCUUCUCUGAAGUGUUCAAGGUGCGACACAGAGCUUCUGGUCAGGUGAUGGCUCUCAAGAUGAACACACUGAGCAGUAACCGAGCAAACCUGCUGAAAGAGAUGCAGCUCAUGAAUAGACUCUCCCAUCCCAACAUCCUCAGGUUCAUGGGUGUGUGUGUACAUCAAGGACAGUUGCAUGCACUUACAGAGUAUAUCAACUCUGGGAACCUGGAACAGCUGCUAGCCAGUAAUCUGUAUUUGCCCUGGACUGCGAGAGUGAAACUGGCCUAUGACAUAGCAGUGGGCCUCAGCUACCUUCACUUCAAAGGUGUUUUCCAUCGGGACCUCACUUCAAAGAACUGCCUGAUAAAGAGAGAUGAAAAUGGUUACUCUGCAGUGGUAGCUGACUUUGGCCUGGCUGAGAAGAUUCCUGAUGCUAGUUUAGGGAGUGAGAAGCUGGCUGUGGUGGGCUCACCUUUCUGGAUGGCACCUGAGGUUCUUCGAGAUGAACCUUAUAACGAGAAGGCAGAUGUGUUCUCUUAUGGAAUCAUCCUCUGCGAGAUCAUCGCCCGCAUCCAAGCUGAUCCAGACUAUCUUCCCCGCACAGAGAAUUUUGGGCUGGAUUAUGAUGCUUUCCAGCACAUGGUAGGAGACUGCCCCUCAGAGUUUUUACAGCUCACCUUCAACUGCUGUAAUAUGGACCCCAAACUGCGCCCAUCCUUUGAGGAAAUUGGAAAGACCCUUGAGGAAAUUAUGAGCCGCCUACGGGAAGAAGAGUUGGAAAAGGACAGUAAGCUGCAGCGCACGGUUAAAGGACCAGUGGACAAAGUACAUGGUGGGAAGCGACUGAGCUCACUGGACGACAAGAUUCCCCAUAAGUCUCCACGGCCAAGACGUACUAUUGGGCUGUCUCGAAGCCAGUCAGAUAUUUUCUCUCGUAAGCCUCCACGUACAGUCAGUGUCUUGGACCCCUACUAUCGGCCACGAGAUGGUGCUACACAUACCCCAAAAGUUAAUCCUUUCAGUGCACGCCAAGAUCUCAAGGGUGGCAAGAUCAAAUUCUUUGACCUGCCCAGCAAAUCUGUCAUUUCCCUUGUAUUCGACCUGGACGCACCAGGGCCUGGAACUACACCUCUGGCUGAUUGUCAGGAGCCACUGGCCAUGUCUUCCAGACGGUGGCGUUCUUUGCCUGGUUCACCCGAGUUCUUGCAUCAGGCUUGUCCAUUUGUGGGCUGUGAGGAAUCACUAUCUGAUGGGCCUCCACCACGACUCAGUAGUCUCAAGUAUGGAGUAAGAGAGAUCCCACCAUUCCGGGCUUCUGCCCUACCAGCUGCUUCAGUCCAUGAGGCCAUGGAUUGCUCCAACCCCCAAGAAGAAAACGGUUUUGGACCCAAGCUGAAGGGGACCAGCCCAUGUGCUGACAAUGCCUCUGAGGAGAUGGAGGUGGAAGAAAGGCCACAAAUGGCUCCUGUCCUCUUCUCCAUCUCUGGAAUUAACUUCCAAACCCAGGGAGAGCAGGAUGGGUGAGGUGGGGGGAGGACUAGUCCCUACCUCACCUUAGGAAUGGACCUUUACCUGAAACUGCUGGAUACCCUUGGUGCACAGCCAGGCUCUUCUCUGGAGCCCCAGGCAGGCUGAGAAAAGCCUGGCUUAAAAAUUGGGCUUUCAGUGCCCAAUGUAGUUAGGGCCAACCCAAUUCUAAGCCUCUGAAAUCCAGCAAGGAGCUCUGGCUCCCAUUGACAGUCACGUCCUAGAUAGGACCAAAGGACUCUUUAGUUCCAGGCUGAGCUGGCAGGCAGCUAUGCAGCUAUUACCUAGUUCCUUUUCCAUCCUAGGUCUCUUGUGCCCAUUCUGGGGCAUAUAAGCUACAGGAUGGACACUGGAGUUAACUAGGAGGCUGUAAAGGGCAUGGCUGUUUCUCAGACCUGAAGACUGGGAUGCUUCUUGCCAGUAUGUCUAAGACACUUGAAUAAUUGCUGUUUGCACGUACUGUAUGGUCAGACCACAUCACUACAUCUCUAUGCAAGGGGGGACAAGGCAACGUGGUGGUCAAGGAUAUUUUAGCUAACCUAUUCAAAGACUUUUCCAGUUGAUUAAUCUAUUUUCAUAUUUAUAAAGGAGUCUUAAUGUUUUGCCUCAAGACUUUCAACUUUGGUGUUGGGAGUGGGGCUGAUUUGUAGGCCCCAGGGCCUGCUCUAUGUAUGUGUCAACAGGUGAUACAAACAGAAGUUAAUGUAUUACACUUGGACUGAUUUUCUCCCUGCUAUAGCUGAAGCUUUGGGAACAGUCUGUCCUUACAGAGCCGCAAUAAGAAAUAACCAAAGAAUGAAGUUGGUUAAAUAUUUUCAUAAUUCAUUUCUGUUGAUUUUUUUUUUUUGUAAAACUUUUCCCAAGACACUUUCAGAUUAAAAAAUAAAGUUGAUGUUCCAGGUG